CCCCGCUUCCGCCCCGCCCGCAGAGCCAUGGAGCUGGAGGCGCGGGCCGAGCCACGCUCCCCGCGGGCGGGGCGCGGGGAGGAGGAUGAGGAUGAGGAGCUGCGGCUCGCCAAGCGGAGGAAAGUGCUGUGCUCUGAGUUCGCCGCCGUCACCAGCAGCGACGAGGCGGUGGCCAGCGGCUUCCUGGCGAACAGCGGCUGGCACCUGGAGAGGGCGCUGGACGCUUACUUCGAGGCGCCGAUGAACGAGCAGGCGGCGGCAGGAGGGGGCUCGGCGGGGCCCGGCAGCUGUAUCGACCUCACAGCAGAUGAAACUGCAAGUAAUACCAGCAGCAGCAGUGCAGGCUCCAAGCAACAAGAUGAUGACAGCAGCUUCUCGCUGAUAACCUGGAACAUUGAUGGGCUGGACCUGGGAAAUCUGCAGGAGCGAGCUAGAGGUGUCUGUUCUUACCUGACAUUAUACAGCCCAGAUGUCGUGUUUUUACAGGAGGUUAUCCCACCAUAUCUCUGUAUUCUGCAGAGGAGAGCAGGCGGUUACACCAUUAUUCCAGGUAAUGUAGAUGGCUAUUUCACUGCCAUGCUGUUGAAGAAAUCGAGAGUGAAAGUACUAAAACAAGAGAUAAUACGUUUUCCAACCACUUCCAUGAUGAGGAACCUUUUGGUUGUGCAUGUGAACAUAUCUGGUAAUGAACUUUGCCUAAUGACUUCUCAUCUGGAGAGCACUAGAGAUCACUCAAAGGAGCGUAUGAAGCAACUGCAAAUAGUGUUAAACAAAAUGCAGGAGGAGUCUGAGUCCACUACUGUUAUAUUUGGGGGAGAUACAAACCUCAGAGACAGCGAGGUGGCUAAACUAGGUGGCUUACCUAAAAACAUCACGGAUAUCUGGGAGUUUCUGGGCAAACCCCAACACUGCCGCUACACGUGGGACACAAGCUCCAAUACCAACCUGCGCAUAGAGAGUAAAUGCAAGUUGCGGUUUGAUCGCCUUUAUUUUCGGCCUGCAGCAGAGGGGGGACAUAUCAUUCCACGAAAUAUGGACUUGAUUGGAUUAGAAAAACUGGACUGCGGCAGAUUCCCAAGUGAUCACUGGGGUCUUCUGUGUCACUUUGAUGUGAUAUUAUAAUGAACAGGGCUUUUGUUGUUUGGUUUUAAGGGUUCUGUUUUUAAGAAAGUUUACACUCCCAGUUUAAGCUGACAGUUGACAGUUUCAACCAUAGCAAAUUCUCUGCUUUUGGCUCCUGCUGGAAUGUCUUCAGUUAAUUGCCAGGCUCCUUUUUCCUCACUAUACGCAUCUGCUGUUGAAUCAUGGCUUUAAAUAUAUAUUUUUAACAAAACCAAAUUUCAGUUCUAAAACAGGAGAUAAGAACAAGUAAAAUCCGUAAAUGUACUACCUGAUUUUAAAGAUGCUUUUAUUUUGUCCUGUAUUAUAAGCUCAUAAUAAAUGCUGCUUCUUUUUUAAAAUA